AUGAAUGGCCCUGACAUGGAGGAAAUGCCGUUUCAGAAAGUCAAGAAGAGCAAGAAGACGAGAAAGAAGAAAUGUUGUCGCCGCCGCCGCUGCUGUUGCUGUUGCUGCUGCUCCUCCACACCCGGCCCGCCGUUGGCAGCGGCGCCACUGCCAACUCCGUCGGCUGCAGGCAGUAGUAGCAGCACCUCCGGAGCUGCGGCCGUGGUAGUGAGAACUGUCGGAGAGGGUCCCCCGGUGCCCUUCCUAGACGGCGUCGCCUGUGAGGAUCAGUUCGACUGCAAGGAACUGGAGUCGCUCUUCCAGAAUUACAAUCUGAAGCUGGAGCAGACAUCCACACUCAAAGCGCUGGCAGUGCUCAUCGCACUGACUGCCAGCUUGGCGCUUCUGGAGCUGCUUUCGGGCCCCAACCUGACUAUUUCCAAGGGCUCCCAUCCGGUACACUGUAUCAUCUUCCUCUCCCUCUUCAUCGUCACCAAUGUUAAGUACCUGCAAGUCACACAGCUACAGCAGAUAGUGAAGCUCACCUUGCUUUUCAGCUUUACCUUCGCCUUCCUCUGCUGCCCUUUCUCGGUGGGCUCCUAUGGCAUGGAGACACCCAGCGCCCCCGAGCAGGGUAUGUGGCAGCUCAUGCUGGUCAUCUUUGUCUCCUACUCCCUCUUGCCCGUCCGCACUCUCCUGGCCAUCGUCUUCGGUUUGGUAGUGACCGUCUCCCAUCUCAUAGUCACUGCCACUUCAGUCAGUGUCAAGAGGCAGCCCCUCUGGAAGACGCUUAUGGCCAAUGCUAUCCUUUUUGUUAGUGUAAACUUGUAUGGAGUCUUUGUAAGGAUAUUGACGGAGAGGGCUCAGAGAAAGGCCUUCCUUCAGGCCAGGAACUGCAUAGAGGACAGGCUGAAGUUGGAGGAUGAAAAUGAAAAACAGGAACGACUCCUGAUGAGCCUUUUGCCCAGAAAUGUUGCCAUGGAAAUGAAGGAAGAUUUCCUUAAGCCACCUGAAAGAAUUUUCCAUAAGAUUUACAUUCAGAGGCAUGACAAUGUUAGUAUAUUAUUUGCAGACAUUGUGGGGUUUACCAGUUUGGCAUCUCAGUGCACUGCUCAAGAACUAGUGAAGCUUCUGAAUGAACUCUUUGGAAAGUUUGACGAAUUAGCCACAGAAAACCAUUGCAGAAGGAUAAAGAUCCUCGGGGAUUGUUACUAUUGUGUAUCAGGAUUGACUCAGCCCAAAACUGAUCAUGCUCAUUGCUGUGUUGAAAUGGGAUUGGAUAUGAUUGACACCAUCACAUCAGUAGCUGAAGCCACUGAAGUAGAUCUCAAUAUGAGAGUUGGUUUGCACACUGGAAGGGUUCUUUGUGGAGUUCUGGGUCUUCGAAAAUGGCAGUAUGAUGUUUGGUCAAAUGAUGUGACUCUUGCUAAUGUAAUGGAAGCCGGAGGGUUGCCUGGGAAAGUACAUGUAACAAAGACCACUUUGGAGUGCCUAAAUGGUGACUAUGAGGUAGAGCCCGGAUAUGGCUAUGAAAGGAACAGUUUCUUAAAGAAGCAUAAUAUUGAAACCUUUUUCAUUGUGCCAUCUCAUCGGAGAAAGAUAUUUCCAGGGCUUAUUCUCUCUGACAUAAAGCCUGCCAAAAGAAUGAAGUUCAAGACUGUUUGUUACCUCUUAGUUCAGCUGAUGCACUGUCGCAAAAUGUUUAAAGCUGAAAUUCCCUUCUCCAACGUGAUGACUUGUGAAGAUGAUGACAAGAGAAGGGCAUUAAGGACAGCCUCUGAAAAACUCAGGAAUCGUUCCUCUUUUUCUACAAAUGUUGUAUAUAACACUCCUGGAACCCGAGUUAACCGGUAUAUCAGCCGCUUAAUAGAGGCUCGGCAAACUGAAUCAGAAAUGGCAGAUCUAAACUUUUUUACUCUAAGAUAUAAGCAGAUAGAACGUGAGCAAAAGUAUCACCAACUUCAGGAUGAAUAUUUCACCAGUGCUGUAGUCUUGUCAUUGAUUCUAGCUGCCUUAUUUGGCCUUGUCUACCUUUUAAUAAUUCCACAGAGUACCAUAGUCCUCAUUCUCUUAGUGUUUUGCAUGUGCUUCCUGGUGGCAUGCAUCAUGUAUCUACAUGUCACUCGAGUACAAUGUUUUCCAGGGUGCCUGACAAUACAAAUUAGAACUAUUUUGUGUAUUUUUAUUGUGAUCUUAAUUUACUCAGUGGCACAAGGCUGUGUGGUUGGUUGUAUGCCUUGGAUCUGGAACACUAAUUCCAGCAGCUCUAUAAUUAUAAUUUAUUCCAGUGGGACAAAUAAGACAAUGACUGAACUUCCAUGCGAUACAGCCCAUUAUGCAUUUCUCUCCUGUGUUGUGGGGACUUUGACCCUGGCAAUAUUUUUACGUGUAUCUUCUUUGCCAAAAUUGAUCCUCCUCCUUUUUGUUAUGAUUCUGUAUAUAGUUAUUUUGGAGCUCAGUGGAUACCGAAAGGCAGUAGGGGAUGGCUCCUUUUAUAUACGUGGCUAUGAACCAAUAUUAGCCAUCUUGCUGUUUUCCUGUGCUUUGGCACUUCAUUCAAGACAGGUAGAUUUGAAGUUACGUUUAGACUACCUCUGGGCUGUACAGGCAGAAGAGGAAAGAGAUGAUAUGGAGAGAGUGAAACUAGAUAACAAACGAAUACUUUUCAAUCUGUUGCCAGCACAUGUUGCUCAGCAUUUUCUUAUGUCUAAUCCAAGGAAUAUGGACUUGUAUUACCAGUCAUAUUCACAAGUAGGAGUGAUGUUUGCAUCCAUACCAAAUUUCAAUGAUUUUUACAUUGAACUGGAUGGUAAUAAUAUGGGAGUAGAAUGUUUACGCCUGUUAAAUGAAAUUAUAGCUGACUUUGAUGAGCUUAUGGACAAAGAAUAUUACAAAGACAUUGAAAAAAUCAAGACAAUUGGAAGCACAUAUAUGGCAGCAGUGGGCCUUGUGCCAACUACAGAUAGCAAGGCAAAGAAAUCGAUUUAUUUCCAUCUCAGUACACUGGCUGAUUUUGCAAUAGAAAUGUUUGAUGUUCUUGAUGAAAUCAACUAUCAGUCCUACAAUGAUUUUGUUCUUCGGGUUGGUAUUAAUGUAGGUCCUGUAGUGGCAGGUGUCAUUGGUGCCAGAAGACCUCAAUAUGAUAUCUGGGGUAAUACUGUAAAUGUUGCUAGCAGGAUGGAUAGUACUGGAGUGCAAGGUAAAAUUCAAGUUACGGAAGAAGUACAACGUAUAUUGAAGAGGUGCAAUUAUGAGUGUGUUUGUCGGGGGAAAGUCAGUGUGAAAGGCAAAGGUGAAAUGCUGACUUAUUUUCUAGAAGGAAAGACCGAUGGAAAUAAUUCACAAACACGAUCUUUAAACUUAGAAAGGAAAAUUUAUUCCUAUGGGAGAGCAAACAUUCAGACCAAAUUGGGCACAAGUUGUCCAUCUAUGUGCUCAUCUCCCAGCCUUUCAACAAACACUGGGUCUGGAACACUUCAACCACCAAUAGCACAUACUAAUCAGACACUCCAUUAUCUUCCUUCUGUGCCAGCUAUAAAAGAGGCAUGA